GUCAACCUUAUCCUUCUCACUGUAAUCAUCCCGUCUACAAGCUACCUUCUCAUCCAUAGGUGGUCAAAGUCGGCUCAGUAUACGAACCUCUUACUGGCACGAGCGAGCGUCGCGCUGCUCACCGUGGGCGCCUUCACUAUCGGCUGCUCGGAUACAUCGAAAGCUAUGGUAGUCGGCCUCAGCAUUUUCGCUCUUGGUUCAGGCUAUAAUAUUCUCAUUCGCAGCCUCUUAGCAUCUGUCGUUGAGAAAGACAACAUCGGUAUGCUGUAUACAAUAAUGAGCAUCUCUGAGACAAUAGGGGCCCUGGUAGCAGGGCCUUUGCUCGCAGCGACGUUCCGCACCGGCAUGAACUGGGGUGGCCCUUGGAUCGGCCUGCCAUAUAUUUCAGUCGGGUCUCUGUUAGCGAUAGCAACCGCAGUUGUGUUUUUCACAGGGCUGUCGCGGCUGCAGCCUAAGGAGGUUGACAUGGAUAACGAGCAACGGUCAGGGUGUUAG